CGACCAGCGCAGAGAGAUAAACCCACUGUGAGAGCUCCAGGGUCGGGGAUAAAGAUAGUGAAACCCGCCGUCCUGCUUUCACCGAGCACUGACAUAUACUUCAUCAUUUCAUCAAAGAGAGGGAGGCCAGCCCAGAAUGAACGGCGACUCAGGUGCCGGCGUGGUGACGGCCCCCCCUCCCACCACAGCCCCCCACAAGGAGCGGUACUUCGACCGGGUGGAUGAGAGCAGCCCCGAGUACCAGAGGGAGAGAAACAUGGCACCGGACCUGCGACAGGAUUUCAACAUGAUGGAGCAGAGGAAGAGGGUCUCCAUGAUACUACAGAGCCCGGCAUUCUGCGAUGAGCUGGAGACAAUGAUCCAGGAUCAGCUGAAGAAGGGGAAGACGCCCACAAGCCUGCUGGCUCUGCAGCAGAUCGCAGACUUCAUGACCACCAGCAUGCCCUCCAUGUAUCCCGCUGCACCACAGGGAGGCAUGGCGGCGCUCAACAUGAGUUUGGGCAUGGUGACUCCAGUGAACGAUCUGCGUGGCUCAGAUUCUAUUUCUUAUGACAAGGGCGAGAAACUGCUCCGCUGCAAGCUGGCUGCCUUUUAUCGGCUCGCUGACCUGUUUGGCUGGUCUGAGCUCAUCUACAACCACCUCACAGUCAGGGUGAACUCUGAUCAGGAGCGCUUCCUAAUUGUCCCUUUUGGGCUCCUGUACAGUGAAGUCACCGCCUCCAGUCUGGUGAAGAUAAACUUUCAAGGUGAGAUAGUUGACCGGGGCAGCACCAACCUCGGGGUCAACCAGGCUGGCUUCACUCUCCACUCCGCCAUCUACGCUGCACGACCAGAUGUCAAGUGUAUCAUACACGUACACACACCUGCAGGUGCUGCGGUGUCGGCAAUGAAAUGCGGGCUGUUGCCGAUCUCACCCGAGGCGCUGUCACUGGGGGAGGUGGGCUAUCACGACUAUCAUGGCAUACUGGUGGAUGAGGAAGAGAGUUCUCUGAUACAGAGAAACCUCGGGCCUAACAGCAAGGUGCUCAUCCUGAGGAAUCAUGGCUUGGUGUCUGUAGGCGAAACAGUGGAGGAAGCUUUCUAUUACAUCCACAAUCUGGUCACUGCCUGUGAAAUCCAGGUGCGAACACUGGCCAGCGCUGGAGGGCCAGAUAAUCUGGUGAUGCUGGACCCAACAAAAUACAAGUUACGCCCGCGGGUCCCGGAGCCAGUCGGCGACGGGUCCUCUGCACACCCCAAGUGGCAAGUCGGGGAGCAGGAGUUUGAGGCUCUCAUGAGAAUGCUCGACAACUUGGGCUACAGGACGGGCUACCCUUACCGCUGCCCGGCAUUGCGAGACAAAGCUAAAAAGUACAGUGACGUGGAGAUCGCUCCCUCCGCCCAUGGUGGUUACUCAUACGGGGAGGACAGCGACUCAGGUGCUCGCUCCCCGCUGAAACAGAGCUUCCAGCGCGGCCAGCGCGACAAGACCCGCUGGCUCAAUGCCGGCACCCGGCCCGACGAGCCCUACGAGGAUGGGCCCGACGGCAGCAGCCCCAAGUCGAAGCCUAAGGUGUGGACGAACAUAACACACGAUCACGUCAAACCCUUGCUGCAGUCUCUCUCGUCUGGUGUCUGCGUGCCAAGCUGUAUAACCAACUGCUUGUGGACAAAGGAAGACGGACUCCGCCAGGCUGCCGUAGCCAAUCAGUUCAUCCCACUGAACACCAACCCAAAAGAAGUGCUGGAAAUGAGGAAUAAGAUCCGCGAGCAGAACCUGCAGGACAUAAAGACAGCAGGGCCUCAGUCACAGGUUCUGUGUGCCGGCACUGUGGGGGAACGCACCUUUAACCAGGGGGAGCUGGUGACCGCAUCCAAGGCCAUCAUCGAAAAGGAAUACCAGCCCAAGGUCAUCGUCAGCAAGCAGGGUCCCAACCCCUUCACCAAACUCACCGACCAGGAGCUGGAGGAGUACCGCAAGGAGGUGGAGCAGAAACAGAAAGGGCCUGAAGUGCAGGGACGAGAUGAUAGUAGGGGGAAAUCAGCCUCCAGCAUACCCUGUCCUCAGCCUGAAACACUACCGGGGGGUCAAGCCUCUGUCUCCACACCUCAACUGUCUACAACUGACUCACCAAACGUAGAGAGAGCUCCACCUACAACUCCCACACUCGCCACACCAGCCUCCGAGCCGGGCUCUUCCUUCCUCUCCAGCGAGGCUGAGCCAGCUCAGGGCGGCGCAGACUCUACAGAUGAUGUUUUUUCAACCGCAGAAGAGGUUUUUUCAGCUCCAGAUUCCCCGCACAAGGAGUUCCACUGCGCUGUGCUGCGAGCCCUCAGCAAGGAGUCAUCAGUGGUAGCUAAGGCGGAUCAGGCUCCAGACCUGGAGCAGCUAGCAGAGCCUGAGGAGGAGGAGCCCAAAAGCCAGAAACCCACCACUACGCCACCCAGCACCCCAGUCAGAGCAGAGGAAGAGUCCCUGCCUGAGCAAACGUACAAGGAUGAGAGCGACGCAGCCACCCUGAGACAGACCCUUCCAGAUCUAACACCUGACGACCCCUCCGAUGCCCCAGCACUUCCUGCAGAAGAUUCCGCCCCUGCUACCGCAGACGCCGCCGAGGCCGCAGAGGGCGAGGAACCCGCUGAUGCUGGCGACCAGGAGGGAGAAGAGUCUCCCAGUAAAUCCCCCUCCAAAAAGAAAAAGAAGUUCCGCACUCCCUCCUUCCUAAAGAAAAACAAAAAAAAGACAGAGUCGUAGAUGGGAGAAUGUUGGAUCGGUCCUCAAGGCUGGCCUCUGCCUCUUUUCUUCUUCUGUCUUCUAUCAUCGCACCCUUCGAGCAAGCCACAGUAACACACUGUUAUGCUUUUUUUUGUUGUUUUGAUAUCAUUUGUCGCUGGCUUAUUAACCUCUUUUUCCUCGUUAGUGUGUGCCAAUUUUGUAUACAGUGUAAAAAUGAUUGCAUAAGGGUUUUUAACUAUUAGAGGCUUUUUAGUUGUGAGUGAGUGAUGCAUUCUGUCUUGUCAACUCCAUCUGGCCUUUGAUGCAUGUCUAUUACUUACAGGCCCACACAUAAUGUGAGGUUUUAGGGUUUUAUUGCCCUCUUUUUUUCCCUUUUUUUUUUUUAAAGAAGUAUUACUAAACUGUUGUAACCACUAGAAUGUAUUGGGAUUGUAUCAAAAUAUGUCAAAGUGUCUUUAAAAAACAGUGAAUGCAGAUAGAGAAGCUUGAGCUCUCAUUUAACUGGUGGUAAAUUUGGACAGUGAGAACUACAAAUUGUAUAAUUUUUCUUCUGAUGCUGUGCAGCCAUAUAAUAUUAGCAGGGCAGGAGAUCUAUAUCUGGGAAAUUUAAAAGCAGUCAUACAAAGUCCAUAAUAAUGUCUCCAUAAUCAAAUAUUUUGAUUAAAUCAUCCACAAACAAAAUCAAAUUUGCUGAGUUUUAAAAAAAAAAAAAAACACUCAAGAUUGGCCCACGAGCAUUUAACACAGCCUUAACUCACAGGUAUUUUGUAUUGCGGUUUAGAUCUUUUUAUGAUGUGCAAGUUUGGUUUAAUAUUCCUCAAAUCACAUUCAUCCACAGUGCUGCAAACCUGCAGAUGAUUGCGUUUUUACUCUGUGAGCGUGGUUCACAACCAAGUGUGAGUCAUCCCGGGCAAUGUCAGUAAGCAUCAUUGUUUAUUGCAAGGGUUGAUGAUAAUAUAUUAGCUGCAAGUCUUUACUAUGAAGGAAUGUGUAAAAACAAAUUCUCGGUUCACAUGUAUCAUUUAUUCUAAUAAUUUGAGCCUGGCUUUGUUUUGCGUUUGUAAAAAAAAAAAAAAAAAGUCCAAACCAGAUAGAAAAGCUACAUAUUAUGUGUGCAGAUUUCUUUUUUUGUUUUGUUGCUUUUUCUCACAAAGUAGAUUGAGCCAUGAUUGCUUGCUGUGAGAGAGCACUGUGACCCUCCUCUUUUAUAAAGCACUGACUGGGAACUGGUACCAGAUGUUCGAUCAUAAACAUAGAUAUACUUAUACUAUGUAAAUCUGCAUGAUCAAUCAUAUUUGAAACCCUCAACCUGGACUUUAAAACUCCACUCUGAACAAUUACUUUUUAUUGAAAACCUGUGUUUCCAGUUGCGGUAAAGCCACACGCUACACUGGAGAAACAUUUUAUUUUACUGAUGUGUAAUGAGCUGUGCUUAAAGGUUGCAGGGCAUUAAUAUCUCCAUGCAUUGCUUCCUAACUUUUGUUUAUUCAUCCUGUUUUAGUGACAGGUUCGUUCAUCACCUAACUCAUAAUGACGGGAAGCUUAACCUAAUCCGAGACGCUUAUUAAACCUUUGGUCAUGACAGAUUAUGUAUCUACAACAUUGCAUACAAGCUGAGAAUGUCUAACUUGUUAAGGACUGCAUGUGUAGAGUGCUUAGAGCGUGUACUGUCCUUUAAAUGACUGUAAUUACCCUGUUUUAUUUUCAGUUAUAUUUUAUUUUAGCUUUAGUGUGCUGAUAACGAUACUAAAGUCCUUGUAGUCAUGGUUUUCAUUUAAGUCAUCUUUUUUAAAUCUCACGGCUCCGCUGAUUUGUAUUCUCUGUCUGAACUACUUCCAAUUUAAAUGUGUCUCAUCAUUAUACCAUAUACAGACUUCACCUCUCUUUUCUCAUGGUUCUGCCUCUUUUACAGUCAUAAAUAAAAAAACACUACCUUGG